CACCACACAGUCUAUGUACACGAGCCCUUAAAAGUAAACGAAGAAGACAAAGCCGGUAGUUGUGGAGUGUUCAGUGUCAAAAUGUUACCUUUAUCAAUUAAAGACGAUGAGUACAAACCUACUAAGCUUAACUUAUUACAUAAAGUGUCCGGAUGGUUCAGGUCGAUUCUGGCGGAUCAGACGUCCAGGAACCUUUUCCUCUUCCUUUGCCUCAACCUGUCCUUUGCCUUCGUUGAGCUGACCUACGGUCUGUGGACCAACAGUUUAGGUCUGAUUUCAGACUCGUUCCACAUGUUCUUUGACUGCACCGCCCUGUUGGCAGGUCUAGCAGCCUCCGUCAUCUCCAGGUGGAGGUCCAAUGACAGCUUCUCCUACGGUUAUGUGAGGGCAGAGGUUCUUGCAGGCUUUGUCAAUGGACUCUUCCUCAUCUUCACAGCCUUCUUCAUCUUCUCUGAAGGAGUGGAGAGAGCCCUGGAACCACCUGAUGUCCAUCACGAGCGUCUUCUGCCUGUCUCUGUGGCCGGCCUGUUGGUCAACCUCGUAGGCAUCUUUGUGUUUCAGCAUGGAGGACACGGGCACUCUCACGGAGAUGGAGGUCACGCUCACAGCCACUCACUGUUUAACGGCAAUAUCAACUACAGCUACAGUCAUGGCGAGCAUGGAGGACAUCUGAGUCAGCUCGGAUGCCGGCAAGGCCACAAUGCUCACGGCCACAGCCAUGAUGCUCACAGCCAUGGUGCUCACGGUCACAGCCACGGUGGUCACGGUCACAGCCACGAUGCUCACAGUCACAGCCAUGGUGGUCACAAGGAGCUACAAUGCCACAGUGAGUGUGAUGUGCAGAACACGCCGGGGAAAGGUUCCAGCAGACAGAUUCUACAGGGUGUCUUGCUGCACAUCAUCGCCGACACGCUGGGCAGCAUCGGUGUCAUCAUCUCUGCUCUGCUGAUGCAGAAAUAUGACCUGAUGAUCGCCGACCCCAUCUGCUCCAUGCUGAUCGCCAUGCUGAUUGGAGUCAGCGUGGUGCCCUUACUGCGGGAGUCUGUCGGGAUCCUGAUGCAGAGGACUCCUCCUGCCCUGGACCAUGUCCUUCCAGAAUGCUACCAGAGAGUCCAGCAGCUGCAGGGGGUUUACAAUCUGCAGGAGCCUCACUUUUGGACUCUGUGCACUGAUGUCUACAUUGGAACCCUGAAACUGCUGGUCGCUUCUGAUGCUGACACCCGCUGGAUCCUCAGCCAGACCCACAACAUCUUCACCCAGGCAGGAGUCCGACAGCUGUAUGUCCAGAUCGAUACAGCUGCCAUGUAGAAGCUCCACCUCCUACCCUUCUGGACUUUUGGGACCAAAGCCCUCAUCCUACUGCUGACCUUUGACCUGUUUCCAGGGUCACAGAAGCAGCUUCAGUGGUGGGGAGGGGGCAUAUAACUGGAACAUGACUGUGAUUUCCCAUGAUGCUCCGAGAUGAACUCAUACAAGGCCCCCCUCCCACCCUGUUUUUUAAAUUGUAUUUUAUUUUUCUGGUUAUGAAAUAGUUUGAGGGGCGUGGCCUUUGUCACUCUGCCCUCUCAAUCAGCUGCACUUUUUUGACUUGAAGAAAAGCAUUCUGGGUAAGUGCCUUUAUCAGAGAUGAUCUGAGCUCAUUUCCUGUCUGGAGGCGUCGGUGCUGGGAGCAGACGGCCGGCAGCUUCUACGUGCCAAACCAUGUGACUUGUUGCUGGGGUGUGGCCUGUGUGGGAGGUCACAUGAUGUGACACCAGAGGAUGCUGGCCACACCUCUUCAUCUGAAUGUCAAACAUUAAAAAAGGUUUUAAAUGAAAAAAA